UUAUUCUUUUUUAUUAUUCCUAUAAACCGAGCCAACGAAAGAAGCUUAUAUAUGAUGAUACAUCUCAUUGGCGAGUUACGAUAUAAACAAAGCAACAACAAACAAAACAAAAGGAAAGAGAGAUGAAGACAUUAAACAUGAACUUUGAGCUUAUCUUUGUACCGUUUCCUGUUAUUGGUCAUCUCAGAUCAACAGUGGAGAUGGCGAAGCUACUAGUGGAGCGAGAAGCCCGCCUCUCUAUCUCUGUUAUCGUCCUUCCUCUCCUUUCCAAAGACGACAUCGGUACUUCCGCUUAUGUCUCAGCCCUCUCCGCCUCGUCCAACGAUCGCCUCCGCUACGAAGUGAUCUCUUGCGAAGAUCAACCGACGACCGAGUUACAUGUCGAGAAUCACAUCCCGAGGGUGAAACGUGCUGUUGAGAAGCUCGUCGACGAGUACUCAAGGCUACCGCACUCGCCGAGGCUCGCUGGCUUAGUCGUGGACAUGUUCUGUACCUCGGUGAUAGACGUGGCUAACGAGUUUGGUGUUCCGUGUUACUUGUUUUACACCUCGAACGUUGGUGUUCUCUCACUCGGGUUACACAUCCAGAUGAUGUACGAUAAGAAGAUGUACGAUGCCACCGAAACUGAGUUUGAAGACUCGGAAGCCUUGUUAGACGUUCCGACUUUGUCUCGUCCUUAUCCUGUGAAGUGUCUUCCUUACGGUUUCGGAUCGAAAGAGUGGCUUCCUAUGUUUGUAAACCAAUCGAGAAGAUUCAGAGAGAUGAAAGGCUUUUUGGUAAAUACUUUUGCUGAGCUUGAACCUUAUGCGUUGGAGUCUCUUCUCUCGAGUGGUGACACUCCUCGUGCUUACACAGUCGGACCAAUAUUGCAUCUGGAGAACCAUGUUGACGGUUCUAAAGAAGAGAAAAGUUCGGAGAUAUUACGGUGGCUUGACGAGCAACCACCUAGGUCGGUAGUGUUCCUCUGCUUCGGAAGCAUAGGAGGCUUUCGUGAGGAACAAGCAAGAGAAAUUGCUAUCGCGCUUGAGAGAAGCGGUCACCGUUUCUUGUGGUCUCUCCGCCGUGCAUCUCCGGAUAUAGAUAAGGAACUUCCCGGAGAAUUCAAGAAUCUUGAAGAGAUUCUCCCGGAAGGAUUCUUUGAUCGGACAAAGGAUAUAGGAAAGGUGAUUGGAUGGGCACCACAAGUAGCCGUGCUGGCUAAACCGGCGAUCGGAGGUUUUGUUACUCACGGCGGGUGGAACUCAAUCCUCGAGAGUCUUUGGUUCGGUGUUCCGAUGGCACCAUGGCCAUUAUACGCAGAGCAGAAGUUCAACGCUUUCAUGAUGGUGGAGGAGCUUGGUUUAGCGGUAAGGAUAAGAAAGUACUGGCGAGGCGAUCAGUUGGUUGGAGCCGCGACGGUCACUGUGACGGCAGAGGAGAUUGAGAGAGGAAUCAUAUGUCUAAUGGAGCAGGAUAGUGACGUGAGGAAGAGAGUGAUGGAGAUGAGUAAGAAAUGUCACGUGGCUUUAUCGGAUGGUGGAUCGUCUCAAUCAGCUUUGAAAAUCUUUAUUCAAGACGUUACGAAAAAUAUUGCUUGAAAGUUGAAACAAGCUAAUAAACCGGAGCAUGCAACGCUCUUGAUGAUCAUCAUUAGUAAUGGCAAUGUGCAUGUCACGUGUGUUGUAUUUGUUUGAGUAAUCACUAAAACAAUAUUUCUAUAGACUUUGGGAUUACGAUUUUUUUGUUUAAUAUAGGAUGUUACGAAUUCUUUAAUAUCAAAUCUUUCACUA